GAGCUCUAGAGGGAAAUUUGCACUGAACGCUCCUUGAAGAAACGAUGUCAGAAUAUGAUGAUGACUACGUAGUCGGUUGGCAUAUUGGCCCGAGUUCCGAAAGCUAACUACGUCUUAUUAACUCUUGGCCUUUGCAUGUAUCACCACGUCCACUGUUGCGAUACAAACGUGAAAGCAACGCUUUGAGGCCACUGGACUGUGAAACGCGUUUCGUCAAUAGUUCUGGUCAUAGAAUGGCACCACGAGAGGAAGAAGCCCGCGCGUCCAACUCUGGCAGCGAGCAGGAGCAUAGGCUGUCGUCGGACCUAGAUCUGGAGAAAGACUCCGACGCGACCGUUGGAUCUAUUGUGCCCAAGACGGAGGUCGAUUUUCUCGUGUCCUUCAGCGGGGAAGAUGACCCGCGAAGCCCCAAGCACUUCUCCACCGCGCGGAAAUGGCUGAUUGUCGCCAUUAUUUCGUCGACGAGCUUGUGUGUCGCCUGUACGAGUUCGUUGUACACCGGAACAUAUGGACAGAUCGAGAAGGACCUUCAUGCCAGCGAGAUCGUUACGACUCUGGGUUUGAGUAUAUUUGUGGUGGGACUGGGAUUGAGCCCGAUGAUUCUCGCCCCGCUGAGUGAGUUCUACGGGCGAAAGCCAGUCUAUGUCGUCUCGAUGUUCUUCUUUGUGAUCUGGAUUAUUCCCUGUGCUGUGGCCCGCAACAUAGAAACCCUGAUUGUGGCACGCUUUUUUAAUGGGUUUGCCGGUGCCGCUUUUUUGAGUGUUGCUGGGGGUACCGUAGGAGAUCUGUUUCCGAAGCAGAAGCUGCAAGCUCCCAUGAUGGUCUAUACAGCGAGUCCUUUCCUCGGUCCUGAACUAGGUCCUGUGAUUGGAAAUUUCAUUAACUCCUACUUGGACUGGCGGUGGUCCUUCUACAUUCUUCUGAUCUGGGCCUUCGCUCAAUGGGUCUCGAUCUGCCUUCUGGUUCCCGAAACCUACCACCCAGUUCUUCUCAGGCGAGAAGCGCAACGGCUCCGAACGGAGACGGGAGACGAGAGAUAUUACGCGCCAAUUGAGAAGAUGGAUAAGUCAAUUUCUCAGACUAUAAUACGCUCCUGCUAUAGGCCCUUUUUGCUUCUCACUCUAGAACCCAUGUGUCUGUGCCUGUGCCUGUUCUGUUCUGUCUUGCUGGGGGUGCUCUACCUCUUCUUCGGUGCUUUCGGGCUCAUAUUCAAGAACAAUUACGGCUUCAACUUGUGGCAGGUUGGCUUGAGCUUCCUGGGGAUCACUGUUGGCAUGAUCAUCGGCAUCGGCACAAACCCUCUUUGGCAUAGAAACUUCAUGAGAUUGCUUCAAGAGCACCAAGCCAAGACCGGCACUGCAGGCUCAUCAGAGCCGGAGUUCCGGCUCCCCCCUGCUGUGGGAGGCGCGCCUCUCGUCACGAUCGGCCUCCUCUGGUUUGCGUGGACGACGUAUCCGUCUGUCCAUUGGAUCGUCCCCAUUAUUGGAAGUGGUAUUUUCGGUGCUGGUGUGAUUAUGAUCUUCUCCGGCGUCUUUACCUUCCUCGUCGACGCCUACCCGCUCUACGCCGCUAGUGCGCUGGCAGCGAACAGCUUCUCCAGGAGUAUGUUCGCUGCAGCGUUUCCCCUCUUUGGUCAAGCCAUGUUCCGUAACCUCGGAUACCAGUGGGCAGGGUUCCUGCUCGCCAUGAUCACCCUUGUAUUGUCACCGUUUCCGUAUAUCUUCUACAAAUGGGGCGCGAAGAUCCGCCAACAUAGUAGAUACGCUGGUGCCAAAUAAGAGACCACGGUUGCAAUGGAUGUAGUUUGAACUUUACGGGGUUGCAUUACGGAGAUGAGAUUAGCGAAUGCAUAAAUGUACUGGUUAAUUGGAAUUGUUCGUACACUGAGGGGGCUGAUAGAGAUAAGACGGGCGCGACAACGUGGGUAAUAG